GAAGGGAACAAUGCCACAUUAGUGCCCGCAGGUGGCAGCAGUGUGUUUGCACAUUGUCGACGACAUUCGACCUUGAGCAAGAUGACGAAGAAGAAAAAAAAAGCAAUGACGACACAUAUUUGACAAGAAUGGCGGUUGAUUUGACACCGCGAUUUCGACGACUUAAUAGCGAAACGCGAAGUUUUCGAGACAAUUUGCACCAUCGAGGUCUCUCUAUCUUAGCAGGUCCUUUUAGUGCCACACAGCUGUGGCAUAACAUCAUCCAUGCCCUGCGCACUCAGGUAGAGGUGCGCCACCACCGGAGGCACCUGCACAUCCACACCAACAGCUUUGUAGGCUGUGAUGCGGUGGACGCUGUGCUGAGCUACCUGAUGCAGAACGCCACAGUUGGCGCCGGGGGUGGCGAGGUGUCCCGCCUGACAGCAACCCGGCUGUGCCAGGCCCUGAUGGAGGCCGGGGUGUUUGAGCCAGUGGGCGCCAAGCUCUUUGGCCGGGACAAGGAGGCGACAUUUGAGGAUGGCGGCGGAAGCCUGUACCGCUUCGUGGAGCGCAAGGGGCAGGAUCACGACAGAGAUACUGAGGAUGAAGUGGAGAUGAAGAAGCACAGGUUGAACGACGUGGAUACAAUCUCCAAUCCUCUCACUGUGGGACAACCUGACAGGAAGGUGGCGAGGCUUCUGAGCUCCAUCAACCUGCAGCCGUCCCCACCUCCAGCCACGUCCUCCUUUCUGCCUCACACAGUGGUGGAGGAAGUGUGGAAACAUCAAGCAUUGCUUCAGCUGCUGCAGACGGUGGAGCUGCCCGUGCUGGACAGCAUCCUGGCGUCUCCUGCCAGGAGUCAGGCUCGAGCCGAGAGGGCUCCUCUGCAGGACCUGGUGAUCCCCAACACGUGCCUGGAAAGAGAGCUACCAGACGUCCUCAACUUCCCUCAGUGGGACGGGUGGCUCUCAGCCACCGCCGAAUGUCUGGAGCUCCUCCCCGACCAGCUGAUCGUGGCCGCCGGGGAGCAACUCCGGCAACCGGAUGGCGCCGUGCCAUCGGAACGAGCAAAGCGACUCGUCUUUGACGCCAUCGCCAAACACUAUGACGGGCGGGAGAAGGCGCCGCUGCUUUCGGGACGCUAUCUGGACGUGCAUGUCGCUAUUCUCAAACUCCUGGAAGAAGGUAAGGUACACCUCGCCAUCCGAGCCGCACAGCUGUGCCUGCACCUGCUGCAGACAAGCGUGCGGGACGAGCUCCGGCGUCUUUUGGCCUUCAUGGCGGCGGCAGCCUGCCCUCACGCCUGCCGCCUCCAAAAACAAGCGGACAACCGUGCUCUGGUCUGCCGCACUUUUCUCAAGGCUGUCGUCCACCAUAGCCAACUAACGCGAGCACAGAGCGAGACCUUGGUGCUGUUUCUCAUGGAUCACCACUCAGACCUCUUUAAGACUCCUAUGUCGCUCAACGAAGCCGUCCAAAAGACGCUGAGGAACAUGCAGGAGGGCAAAGAUGUCGGCGUCAUUACUCCAUUCGCCUUCUGCGAGCAGGUGACGCCGCAGGAAUACCGGAAGCGGCGCGACGACGCCACGCACGAGGGCCUCAAGGGCCUCCUCCUCCAUGUGGCCUCGUCUUCCGUGAGCAGCAGGAAGAAGAGGAGGCGCCUCAAGCAGUUUGAGAAGCAUCACCCCGUGGUCUUCCUCCAGCAUCUGUGCAGCACCAUCUGAACACGAGCACAAGUGGAUUUGUCUCGAUGGCGAAUUGCUAAUUUGUAAGUGAGUUUUCAGUGAGUAUUGUUGGAUGUUUGUCAAAUUCCAAAGAAAGUGUUCCCAUCCCUGCUGUUUUAGAAGCUAUUUAAAUCAAGUUGAUGGGUAGGAAACUAAUGAGUUAAUGCUGUGUGCACUUGCAUCAUGUAAUAAUUUACAGAGCGAAAUACUGAAGCCCUACUACUUUCGUACACUGGAAUAAUUUUAGAAUGCACUUUAAUCCACUCAAAUGAGUUAUUUGUGUCUGUUAUUGCUUUCUUGAUUAUGCUGUCCAAUAGUUGUAAUUUAUGAUGUGAUAAUAAAAUGUUUUUCAAAUAAACUGAGGUUAUAUACCGUCUAUAAC